UUUUAGGUUAAGACUAAGAAUGUUUUUUUUGCAUAUAAAUAAUUGAAUUAUUUGAAUUCAUACUAUAUUAUCCUCAUCAGAAAACUUUGAUAAUUGUUUGUGAUAAUAAGGUGCAAUUUAUAAACAAUUAACCGGUAAUUUACUGCCAAAAUAUAAAAUGUAUGCUGGCAAUUACAAGGGGGGAACCCCCAAAUUCGGGUCCUCAAAAACUGAUUCUAGUUACAAACCAAGAAAAGAAAAUAUCAGAUUUGGAGUUAACAAAAAAGGCAGAUCCACCAAAGGUAAUUUGGUCAUGGACGAACAUAUACAAGAAGCAACACCUGAACAUUUACGAAUUGAAAUCGAUAAGAUAUUCAAUGAAUUUUUGGCUGAUCCAGAGAAGAGCGAAUACAUUUUUCCAUCUGAUCUUAACAACUUGCAAAGGAAAUAUAUACAUUAUAGAGCUCAAGUCAUGAAUCUGGUAUCCAAAUCUCACGGAAAGGAACCGAACAGACAAUUACAUUUGAAAAAGAAACCGAAACAAUUAGCCAGUCAAUCGUUUCAAGUGUCUCUCAGUGAUGAAAUUUACAAUGAAUUACAAAGUUUCGAUCAAAACUAUGCUAGAGUGGAAACUCAACCCCACAGCAACUACAGAGCGAUUAAAAGAAGCGAAAAGGUUUAUAGCAAAAUACAAGACUGUGAACCUGUUGUGCCACAAAGUGGCGGAAAAGACAGGAAAAUUCAAACAAUCAGGCAAAAAUUGCCUAUUUUUGAAAAGCGAGAGUUUGUCAUGAAUACUAUAAAUAGCAAUCAGGUAACCAUUAUUUCAUCUGAAACUGGAUCUGGUAAAACAACGCAAAUACCCCAGUACAUACUUGAGCAUGCUGAUCAAAAUAAUUUGCCUUGUAAAAUCAUUUGUACGCAACCGCGUAGAAUUUCUACAAUUGCUGCUGCUGAAAGGGUGGCUUAUGAAAGAAGUGAAACUGUUGGAGGUUCUGUUGGCUACCAUAUUCGCUUAGAAUCCAAACACUGUUUUAAGACCAACCUACUUUUUUGUACUGUUGGGGUCUUUUUAAGAAACCUCAUGUGCGGCAGCAAAUGUUUGGAAAACAUAACUCACAUUAUAGUGGAUGAAAUCCACGAACGCGACAAGCAAAGUGACUUUUUGUUAAUUUGCUUAAAACAGAAUUUGUCCCUAUAUCCCCACUUAAAGGUGAUUCUUAUGUCAGCCACCGUAGACACAAGCAAAUUUCAACAGUACUUCAACUCCAGUGCUAUCUUAUCAAUUCCUGGCAGACUUUUCUCAAUUGAAACAUACUUUGUCGAAGACAUUUUAUCUAUGACAGCAUUUUUCACUCCACAAAUGCGCACAGCCAUGGCCAAGUUGCAACAGAAAAAACAAACUGUUCAAAAUGCUCAGUUGCCUCCUGUAAUGGAAUUAUCUCCACUAGAUCAGGAUAAUUUGAAUUUAGCUUUGGAGGCCUACAUGAAUUUCAGUGAAGAAUAUGAUUACACUUUGCACUAUGAUGAGGCUACCGCUGAUCUUUUGCAACUAUUCAUAUCCGAAGAUGUUCCUGUAGAUCAGCCACAUUCAGACAGAGGCUGGACUGCAUUAAUGCUUGCCUGCCAUUUGGGAGAUGUUGAAUUUAUUGAAAAACUUUGCACAUUGGGUGCUAAUAUGAAUGUGCCCGAUAAAUUGGGUAAAACCGCUUAUGAUUAUGCUAAAAUGGCUAAUAAAAAUAACAUUUUACUAUUGCUCGAUACCAUCAAAGAUCAAGAACCACCUUCUGGAAAUGCUGCACCUAACUUGAGCGAUCCUCUAUAUUUGAGGCAACUUUAUGAUAUGACUACUCCAGAUGAUUUUAUUGAUUAUGAUCUUAUUGUGACUCUUAUCCAGUACAUACAUGCUCAAUCUGACAAAGGAUCCAUUCUGGUCUUUUUACCAGGUUAUGAUGAAAUAAUGCAAUGCAACGACCACAUAAUCAACUCCUCAUUGGAUUCGUCUGCUUACAGGAUUUUUUUCCUGCACAGCAGCAUGGGUAUGAGAGAUCAAUGUGACGUAUUCAAGCCUCUAGAUCAAAGAAAGUUGAUAUUGAGUACAAACAUUGCUGAGACUAGUAUCACUGUUGAGGACGUUGUUUUUGUAAUAGAUGCAGGAAAAGCCAAGGAAAAAGUGUAUGAUUCGUACAACAAACUAUCAGCCCUUCAAACCCAAUGGAUUUCGCGUGCCUGCGCCAAACAACGUCAAGGGCGUGCCGGUAGAGUGCAAAAAGGUUUUUGUUUCCGCUUGUAUUCAACUCAAAGAUACAAUCAUAUGGCGGAAGAAAGAGUUCCUGAAAUUCUGAGAGUUUCAUUGGAAGAACUUUGCUUGCAAGCUAAAAUCAUUGCACCACAAUCGAUGAACAUUUACAAUUUCUUGUGUCUGGCUCUUGAUCCGCCCACAUUGAAUUCCGUUGGAGUGGCAAUUGAGAAUUUACAAUCUUUGGGGGCUUUGGAUAAGGAAGAAGAUCUUACAAGAUUGGGCGAAUAUCUAGCCCUAUUGACAGUAGAACCAAGAUUAGGCAAAAUGUUAAUAUUUGGUUGUAUAUUCAAAUGUUUGGAACCUAUGCUGACUUUGUGCGCCUCUAUGGCACAUAAGGAUCCUUUCCAAUUGCCUUCGCAAGCUAACUUGAGAUCCCAGGCAGCUGCAAAAAGGCGAGAACUUAUUAAUGGCGUGCCAAGUGAUCAUUCAGUAUAUUUACUAGUUUUCCAACAAUGGCAAGAAAACUGUGCUACAAAUACCUCAAAGCAGUUUUGUCAAGAAUAUUUUAUUUCUGAGACAACUAUGUAUGGUAUAGUGGAAACCAGAAGACAACUGAUAGGUCAACUUAGGGCAUUGGGUUUUAUAAAGGCCCAUUCGAUUAACGAGUUUAAUGUCAAUAGUCACUCUUGGGGCUUAGUGAAGGCCAUUAUGAGUGCUGCAUAUUUUCCUAACAUAGCUUAUCCGGCUCAGAGAGGAUUGGCUCUAGCCACCAGGAACGAGAAAAAAAUAAUCAUUCACAAUACAAGCGUUUGCUCUACCAAAAAAUACCUCAAUUGGUACUUUUAUGAUGAAAUGGUGAAAAAUAAAAUCAAUUUUAUGAUUAGAGGUGUAUCAAUAUGCACACCGUUAAUGAUUUCUCUGAUGUGCGGAAUUGACACUGUAUACCCGACCUCGCACUCCAUUAACAUUGAUGAUUGGCUUGAAUUUUAUUUUGGAGACACUUACGCUAUUAAAUUCCGUAAAGCCAUCCAUUCUUUGGUAGAUAAAUGCAUGAUUAAUCCAGGAUAUUCUCUUGACAAAGAGAAUCUGAUCAUAAUAGACACUGUGGCAAAAGUGAUGGAUAUGUCUGAAAAAAAUGAAGGGUUUGUACAGCCUCCAAGUGUAGGUGAAAAACCGAAAUUCCUUUAUAAUGCAACCAAUGCAGCCCCAAAGAGAAAUAAUGGAAGACCUAUUACAAGGAAUGGUAUGAGACAACCGACAUUUAACAAGGAGCCCAUCAAUGCUGAACGGAUUCAAAAUCGCUACAUUCCUCCACAUAUGCGAGCUCCAGGGGAAAGUGCCUAUAGGCCAAGAAACGUUUUCGAUAAUAAUCAUCCCAGUACAAGUGGUGCUAAUGAAUUAGCUUAUGGUUUACAAAACUUUGCAAACCUUACCGUUACAGAUACAGAAAGAGCUAAUGUUACAUACCAACCACAAGGCCGUUUCAAUAAACACCACAAUUAUUAUAACGGUUACGAUAAUUUCACUGUUUACAACAGUCAAAAUCGUGGAUAUAAUUUCAACCCUAAUCAGGAAUAUCAUAUUGAUAACUCUCGCGCGCAAUUUGACAAUAAUUAUGGCCAGUCAAGCAGUGAUGACUCUUCACCAGAGAGAAUGGCACUGUACGAAGAAGUUGCACGAAACAUAGUGAUGCAGAACAAUUUGAAUUUGGCCGAUAUGGAAUAUAAUGACAAUUAUUUGGCACCACCACUUCCUCAAGCCAGUCAAUCAUUGUAUGGAAAUCAAUUGAAUAUUAGUGCUCCAUCCAACUUGUACCAGUUACCAUCGCAAAUAUCCAACAUGCCGGUACAGAAUACUUACAAUAAUUACUUAUCCAGACCCAGCAACUCACUUGCCUUAGUAAAACAUAAUAAUCACCCAUCCAGACUCAGCAACUCACUUGCCUUAGUAAAACAAAAUAAUCACCCAUCCAGACCCAGCAACUCACUUGCCUUAGUAAAACAAAAUCAAAUAUAUACAGACAACCCCAUCUAUGUCUUCAUCAAGGCUGUGACUAAGAGGAACGUGGAUAUCGCUCAAAGUUGCAAAAAAUGGGUCUUUUCGCCGCAAACUGAAAAGAAAAUUUUGGAGUUUGCAAAUCAAGGCAAACAAAUAUUUCUAAUCUUCUUUGUGAAAGAAUUCCAAAUGCUUAUGGGAGUUGCAAAAUAUUUAUCCAUGAACAUCGGUGGAGGACUUUCCAAACCAACGGCGUCUAUAGCUUGGAUUUAUUACCCUCCAUUGGUUGACAGACAGGCAUGCAAACUAGUGAAUCCUUAUACCAGGAAGUCGCUUUACGAAACACAAGACGGAGAUAUUGUGCGUAAAGACGUCGCAGAGAUUCUUAUGUCUAUGUACGCAACAUGCGAAGCAAGAAACAAGAAGUAAAAUUUUGUUGUCAGAUAGUUGCCUUUCUGUAACAUAAUCCGUCCCAUGAUGAAACUGAACAUAUUUAUUACACACGCUAUACUAAUAAGGGAACCUGUGUUAUGAGAAAUUCUCGAACUAAAAUGUUUCAAUUUUAUUUUUCUAAAAUUCAAACAACCUUUUUUAAAAAACUCGUCAACAAACUUUUCUUAGUUUACUUUUCAAAAAAAAAAAAAAAAACAUUUUACCAUAACUUUUUUGAAUGGUUUGUCAGUUGUACGUACAGCAACACAUAUAAGCUAUACUGAACUUUUUAUUUUUUUUCCUUGUACGUUUCUUCUUUCGAAAAAAAUAUAUAUAUAUAUAUCUUUGUAACACAGGCAAAUUUCCCUAUUUUAAAUGAAGAUUAUUUUUAUAUUAUAUUUAAGAGGUGCAAUAGGUAAUGUUGCAAUAAUAUAUACCUAGGCUUUAAUUUUUCAAUUAAAAUUAUAAUUGUUUAAAUUUUAUUAUAGUUAUAUGUAAUUAUUAAUAAUUAAUUUUAAUUUUUUUAACGCAUAUUUUAUACCACCUACCAUAAUUGAUAGAAUAGUAUUUGAGUUUUCAAUUUUUCUUAAUUAUUGAUGAUUUAGUGAAAGUUUUUUUUUUUUGUAUUUAAUCAGAGUUUUAUGUAUUAUAUUUACUCUAGUCAUUUCUUCCAAUAAUUGGAGUACGUACAUUAAUAAUACUAAACAAUUUUCCAAAAAGCAAACGAGCAUGUAUGAUAAUAUUGCUUGUUUUCAAGAAUAAUUAUUAUUAUUGAAUUACUCCUAUUUUAUUUUACUAUGAUCUCAGUUUUAUCUUAUACACCCUAGUUUUAAGGAAUAUUUUUUUUAAAUUUUAAUAUUUUAUAUCUUUCCUAAUUGAUGGUGGAACUGAGGCUCUCGUUUUCACCUUUCAUGAGGCGAGAAUGACGAGAAACUCAAGUUCACAUUUAAAUGCUAUCGAUAAUAAUUGAUAGCAUUUAAGUUUUUAAUUGUUUAGCAUUUUAUUUAAUUGAAUAUCUAGUCUAGUUUUAAUAUAUUUUUUUUUAUUUUUAAAUAGAAUAGAAUUAUUUUAUCUAUACCUUUAAUUGAUAGUGGAAUUGAGUCUCUUUCUGUUUGCUAUUUCCACUGAGGUUUCAUCAGCGUGGCUAGAAAUAGCAAAAAGGAGAAGCUCAAAUAAAUAGUUUUAAUUUUAAUUACUUAUUGAUAGAAUUUAAUUUUAAUUUUUCUUAAUUAUUACUCAAUUUAAUAUUAAGUGAUGACAAUUUCUGAAUAACUAUUAUAAUAUUUUAUAUCUACCCUUAUUGAUAGUGAGACUGAGUCUCUUUUUGUUAUUUCCACUGAAUCAUUUUGGACCUCUAAGGUCUCAGCAGCGUGGCUAGAAAUAGCAAAAAAGAGAAGCUCACGUUUUAGGUUUUAAAUAGUUUUAAUUUUAAUUACUUAUUGAUAGAAUUUAAUUUUAAUUUCCUACUUAUUGCUAGCAUAUAAUUUUAAUUUUUCUUAAUUAUUAUUCAAUUUAAUAUUUAGUGUUUUGAAGUUACUGAAUUGAUGGUUAAUAGUUUUCAAGUUUCUAUAGCUAGGUACCUAAUUUAAUUUUCAUUUUAAUUGUUUAAUUUUCAAAUACAUAUGUACUUAUUUAUUUAUAAAUAAAACUUUAA